ACCUCUCCCUGCCACAGUAUUACCCCUCACAUUCGUUUUUAUGUGGUCAUCCGUCCGCCCUCUCAUUCCCCGCUUUGCUGGUAGUACAUAGCUCUCGGACCUUCCGCGCAAGAGUUACUCUACUAGUGCUUCUACUGGAUUGGCUCUCAUCUAUCUGUUUAUAUCAUUCCAACGUUUCUCUUGGUAUCUGUUGGUCGCUAAUACUAUGAGGGCGUAUGUACGUGCCUCCGUUAGCAUGAUCACUGCCUGGGUGGAAUGCGAUUUGGGAGGAGCCACUUGCGCUCGGCAACCGCCGUCGGUGGUUGCAAUGAACCAUGAUGAGUGCAAUUAUAGGUUGCCUUUCCCCGCAUCCCAAUGUCGUCCAGCGAGAGCGAUCCUUUGCUCCCCAUCGAGAGGCCGAGUGAAGAGCAAGAAGAUUGCUCAUCGAUUGCAAUAUGGCGCGAACGGGUGGGCGCUGCACUCGAGGCUCGUGCGCUACACUUGACGGUCAUCUUCCUGAUCGUCGUUGACGCCGCCUGCUCUCUCGCCGAUCUCUCCUACACCCUCCUCACGCCCGGCUGCACACCACCAGAAGAGGGCGCGCCCCUCUGGCUCGACGUCCUCUCCCACAUCUCCUUCGUCAUCACCACCCUCUUCCUCGUCGAAAUUCCGCUCUCCCUCUGGGCCUUCGGCUGGAGCUACUACAACCCGUUCGGGGACUACACGCACGCUGCGUUCCACUUCUUCGAUGCGGUGAUCAUCACGGUCACCUUCGUGCUGGAGGCCAUCCUGCGGGGGAAGGAACAGGAGCUUGCGGCGCUGCUGAUCUUCCUGCGGUUGUGGAGGCUGGUGAAACUGGUCGGAGGUGUCGCUGUGGGCGCAGGAGAGGUUGAUGAGCCAGACCAGAAGGCACUCGACGAGGCGAAGCAAGAGCUGCAAGCCUUAAGACAAGAGAAUGCCUCUCUGAGGCAACGAUUAUCGUCAUAUGAAUCGACCGAGUAAGGCGCUCGAGACGGUCACUCAGGACUAAACGGAUCGGUAUAUGCUCUGAGCAAACAGCGUUGCUUCAUCCUAAAGCAACCUAUGUAACAUGAUUUAUGCGCGCAGAGGAACAGAUGCUACUCAUGUAACGAGAUAGUCAGAUCCGCGGCUCGUGUACUACGACGUCAAGAACCGUUCUGAAGAGACCGGUCAGCUCGGGGUCCAGCAAGCCUGACGAGGAACACACCUGAGGUUCACUUUUGCGCCUGUCUCCGCAUCAGUGAGCGUCAGAGCAUCGAUGCAGUGUACGCCAGCGGACACCGCCAUGAAGUCCAUCCGUACACUUUGACAUGUCGAUGGGAGGAGCGGCCUG